AGAAGGAAAUCUCUGAAGGCCGGUUGAGGAUGGUGUAAUUUCCCUCGUCAUUUGCGCUUUUUCCCGUGAUUUACCCCUGUCGUGAUAAAGAGUGAUAAAGAAUCUCUCCCCUCAAAAAGCACACGACUGACUGCAUAAUGCAGCGCGAGGAGAAACAACUGGAGAUGCUGCUCGAUGCAGCGAUCAGCCGGCUGAACGAACUGAAGGUUUCCAUCAGUACGAUGAUACACCGAGUGGAGACGGAAUCGGAAUCGAUAUACUGGCCAACGUUUCUGGACAACUUUGCGCUCAUCUCGGGCCAGCUGACGGGUUUGAUGAAGCUACUGAGUGGUGAGAUUGGGACGCCGCUACGGAAUCUGGCUGUGCUGCCGCUGAUGCUGUCACUGGAGCGGGACGAAACGCUGCUGCAGCUGACCGAGGGCCGCAUACCGGUGUUUUCGCACGAGCUAGCCCCGGACUACCUGCGUACCAAGCCGGAUCCUGGAGCCGAGAGCCGGCUGGCGGCACACGAGGCGAAGGCGAACAAUCUCCUGCACGAAGCGGCCAUCAAGCAGGCGGCCCAGUUCGCCAAGGUGAUCGCCCACGUCUGGGACAUACUCGGAAAGGCGAAAGAGGACUGGGAAAGCGAAUCGUCGUCCCGGCCCGGCAUUCAACAGACCAGCUCGAUGGCGGACACGCAGGCCCUGGUGGCUGCUGUCGGUCUCGGUGCUGGGUUGGCCGUUCCGCCACAGGUCGGGCCCGGUAUGGGCCCAGGAGGCAUCAUGAUCCCGCCAAACAUCCGCCAAAACUCGCCGCUCAGCGCAAUCUCACCUUCCGGGGCGCCACUCGGCAAAAUGCCGUCCGGCAUCAAGACGAACAUCAAGUCGGCCAACCAAAUCCAUCCCUACCGCUAGGGAUACAUCCUCCAUAUAUAUAAGUAUAUAUAUACACACACACACUAGUACAUUGUUCCUUACAUUAAUUCAUGCACCAUGUAGUGCAUAAAUGAAGUGCCCCCCUUCAUUCGGCUUUGUAAACACCCUUCACCCGCGGAAUGUAUAAAAAGCGACUUCAAUAAACUGUACCUCCGUGGGAAAGCGGAAGGUACACAGGCGACACUGCAGC